GACUUCGAAUAUACACUGCGUUCCUAGCACUGUACCAAUCGCACAGUGGUUUGCGUGAUACAAAUACGGGUACCCCUCGUGUUCUGCUCGUGUAUGCAUGACUUGAUAUGCCACGACAAUGUAUAAAUCAAUAUGCCAGCCUUCCGCAGUCAGAAACUCAACCAUCUGGCCUUUUGGCCUGCAACAACAGAGCUGACUUUGUCUGCGCCUUCGCCUUCGCCUUCGCCUUCGCCAUGCUACCAGCUACUUUUGCUCCAUUUGGGAGGCUGGAAGUAGUCACGUCGACCGUCCUCCUUAUUCUUGGAUUGCUGGUUAUUAGUUUGAGACUCUGGACAAGGGCAAUCAGAAAGAAGAGCUUCACUGCUGGAGACUAUUGGAUCAUCGUAGCAUGGCUUUCGGCCUUCACGCGCCAUGUUAUAAAGCUAGUCGUAUUUUCAUGGUUCCAUCUCACUCCAGACCGUACCCUUAGUAUGGACUCUUACCACGUUCGCCAAAGUAUGAAACUCCUCUUCAUCACUCAGGUCUUCAUGCUCUUUUCGACCGGCUGCGUUAAGCUAUCGAUACUUUUUGUUUACCUGGAGCUCUUCGACGUCAUCGUCUUCGCUAAACGUUUCGUGUGGUUCAUGAUCAUCUUUUGCCUUGCGAUGGGCGUAGGCAAUAUCAUCAUUCUCUUAGCUAUGUGCAAGCCACUCGCCAGUGCUUACGAUCCUAGCAUUCAAGGCACAUAUCGCAUUGAGCUUAAAUCGGCUGCCGUUUCAUCAACCGUUAUCAACCUGGUGACGGAUAUCAUAUUGGUUGCCAUUCCUCUGUCUGUUGUAUGGUUGAUGAGAUUGACCCUCCUGAAAAAGAUGGGAGUGAGCUUGAUGUUUGGUCUUGGUAUAAUGUGA